CGGCAGCCGCCGCCGGCCGAGGGUGCCCCCGCGCCAUCCACCCCACCCCCCCGCCCACUCGCUUCGCUGCAGAGUCGCGCCGGCUCUCCCGGGGACACGUCGGGCGCGGCCAGGCACGAUGCCCGCCGACCUGAUGGAGAAGAGCUCCUCCUCGCCCGCGGCGGCCACCCCGGCCAGCGCGCACGCCACCCCGGACAAGCCACGCACCGCCGCCGAGCAGCGGAAGUCGUCCAAGCCGAUCAUGGAGAAGCGGCGGCGCGCGCGGAUCAACGAGAGCCUGGGGCAGCUGAAGACGCUCAUCCUGGACGCCCUCAAGAAGGACAGUUCCCGACACUCGAAGCUGGAAAAGGCCGAUAUUCUCGAAAUGACGGUGAAGCACUUGCGCAGCCUGCAGCGAGCCCAGAUGACCGCUUCACUCAGCACGGAUCCCACAGUGCUGUGCAAAUACCGGGCCGGCUUCAACGAAUGCAUGAACGAGGUGACUCGCUUCCUCUCCACCUGCGAGGGGGUGAACACGGAGGUACGCAACCGGCUGCUCGGACACCUGGCCAGCUGCCUGAGCCAGAUCAGCGCCCUGAGCUACCCCACCCCACCGUCUGCAGCGCUGCCCCCCGCGCCAGGGGCCCAGCACGGAGCCUCUUUUGGGCAGCCUCUGGUACAGAUCCCUGCCGGCGCAGCGCCCCCUCCUGGCAGCGUGCCUCCCUGCAAGUUGAGCAAUCCCGCGGGGGAGAGCCCCAAGGCAUGUGGUGGCUUCCAGCUGGUGCCAGCUUCUGACGGGCAGUUUGCCUUCCUCAUCCCCCACACAGCCUUUGCGCCCCAUGGCAAUGCGGUCAUCCCACUCUACGCCAAUGGGGGACUGGGUUCAGGCCUUCCCCCUGCCACUGCCACCAUCUCACCAGGAUCGGGUGCCCCUUCGCUCCCAGCAGACUCGCUCUGGAGGCCCUGGUAAACUCCCAGGACCAUGGGCGCCCCUGGACUCGGCAAGCAGGCCCACUGGUGGGCACACCGAGACUGCCUAUGUGCGUGGCCACGGCUCACUUGGGUUCUUCUGUACUGCCUGAGAGGGAGCCUUGUCCCUGCUUGUAAAUAGGAUCUACUGUUCAUAUUGGAUUGUGCCUUCCCUGAGAUGCCACAAGCCCCUCCUGGGCUUCCUUUUCUCUCUCUUGGCUGCCUCUUCAUGGGUGUGGGGGAGAGGGGUGGUUUCAAGUGUACCUUCCCUCCUUGUCUGUCUACCUGCCUUUUUAUUAUUCUAAGCAAUACCAAAGAUUGAUUUGUUCUUAUACGAAAAGCCUUCCCUUCCUUUUUGGAAGCUUUGAUAGAAAUAAAGACUUUGACCAUCA